AUAAAUUAAUCAUUUUCACGGUCCAUACCUGUGGUGGUGAAAGCAAUUCUAGAGGCACAACACCAAAACAAGCUAUAGGGGCUCAAUUGUCAAUGGUGAAUAAAUUUGAGGCUUAUUUUGAUUUCUAUUUUCCUAUUUCUAAGGUUCUGUUUGGCGGUUUAUUGGAACACAAUUCCGGCAAUUAUCCAUUCAGUGAGCUGGCCGGGUCUCUCGGAGAGGAUGAAGUCUUGCUGUUUGGUUCCCCCUGGAACCGUGUUAUUGUUUCUCAAUCCGACCUCCAGAAUUCCAUUCUUCCGCUUCAGAGUUUGUGCUUGGACCUCAGCUUCUCCCAGUCGAAACCAUCCGACACUUUUGGCUUCCAUUUCACGGCCUCAAGGGAAGAAGGUCGGGCAGUGCAAAUGUGCAUUUCCGCCGCAAUGCUACGGCGGCGGUGAUGAUUUCCUGGUGGUGAACUUUUAUCGGUUUGUCAUGAUUAAAGAGCCUGAAGAAGAAAUCGCGAAACACCUCGACUUCUUGAAGGAUUAUGACAUACGUGGUCGGAUAUAUAUUAAUGAACAAGGGAUUAAUGCACAGUACAGUGGUCCAUCAAAAGAUGCUCUGGCAUAUAUUGAAUGGUUAAGAGAUAAUGAAAGAUUUUCGGAUGUACUAGUUCAGACAUCUCCAGCAUUAAAUGGACAUGCUUUUCCAAAAUUGAAACUGAGAUAUAAGCUGUCAUUAGUACAAUUAGAAGAAGAUGUCUCAAACCUUCCCUUGCUAGAUCCAACAAUGGGAGCCACACCUUUAGAACCAUCUGAAUGGAGAAGAAGAUUGGAAGCAGUAAACAGAAUUGAUAGAGAUUCAGAUUUAACUCAAAAAGACUACAUUCUAUUGGAUGUGAGAAAUGGUUAUGAGUGGGACAUUGGUCAUUUCCAUGGGGCAGAACGACCUAAUGUGGACUGCUUUAGGAGCACUUCAUUUGGGCUAUCUGUCAGUGAGUCCAGAUUCUUGGUCUACUUCCUUUUGUCUAAAGUUUGGGUCCUUUUUGAGGAACUUGUUGAGUAAGUGCAAGAAACCCCAUUGUCUAUUGAUGGGUAGAUAGUAUGUCAUGUAGUUACAGCUGAAAGCAAAAUACUGUCCAUGCAGAAUGGGACUUGCAUGAAUUGGCUAAAUAGAGUCAGUGUUUCUUAUAUUUGGAUACUGUGUUUUAGGGGAUCAGUAGUUUAGAGAUAUUGCAAACUCUAGGAAAGGAGAAUAUUUUCCUUCAUAAGGAAAAUCAGGGAAAACAUGUUCUGUGGGUCUGUGACUGGAAAAUAUUAGAAAAUAGCUCAUAUAAGGCUGUGGAUGAUGGAACCAUGUAAAACAUAUUGCUUCUCCAAUAAUUUUCAUCCUUAACAGCAUCAGAGAGCAGUGUUGCAAGGCCCUGUCUAGGCACUAGGCAGUGGAGGUAGGCAUUUCUUCUUCUUUUGUCUUUUUUAGAUUUUUGAUUUAUUUUGGCAUUUUUUUCCAGAAAAGGAAAAGGCCUAGAGUGCUUAGUAGUUCCUCUCUAGGUGCUAGUGCUGUAACACUUUUCGAGAGUCUCUUAAUUGUUGAUAUGAUUGAUUUCUAAGCUUUUUGUUUUGCCUUGAUUAGUAGAGAAAUGGCGGUGGAUGGCAAGAAAAUCAAGUAAUAUGCAUUGAUCCUAUUGUCAUUGUCUGGUCGAACAAAGUCUUGGGAUGAAAGUGCAAGUGCAAGUGAAAGGGUUCAAGUGUUGAAAGUUACUCAAGGGUAAAAUGUGAGAGAGAUAGGAUCUUCUUUUACACGUCUUACAAAAAACCAUAGCCAUUCAU